AUGAAGGUGAGCCUCGGGGUGCCCCUCAGGGCAGUGAGAGGCUGCUGGGUGGUGAACCUCAGCCAGCAGUGCUCGCACGGCUCCGUGGGGUUGUUUGUGCCACCGAGUCCUCCCGUGGAUCCCGAGAAGGUCAAAGAGCUUCAGCGCUUCGUCACUCUUUCCAAGAGACUCCUGGUGAUGACCGGGGCCGGGGUCUCCACCGAGUCCGGGAUCCCCGACUACCGGUCGGAAAAGGUGGGGCUCUAUGCCCGCACUGACCGGAGGCCCAUCCAGCACCAGGAUUUCGUGCGGAGCGCUCCGACCCGCCAGCGGUACUGGGCCAGGAACUUCGUGGGCUGGCCUCAGUUCUCCUCCCGGCAGCCGAACCCUGCCCACUGGGCCCUGAGCCGCUGGGAGAGGCGGGGGAAGCUGCACUGGCUGGUGACCCAGAACGUGGACGCCCUGCACACCAAGGCGGGGAGUCGGCGCCUCACCGAGCUGCACGGAUGCAUGCACAGGGUCCUCUGCCUGGACUGCGGGGAGCACACCGCACGCGGGGAGCUGCAGGGGCGCUUCGAGGCCCUGAACCCCGCCUGGAGCGCCGAGGGCCACGGCCUGGCCCCCGACGGCGACGUCUUUCUCACGGAGGAGCAGGUGCAGAGCUUCCGGGUGCCCCCCUGUGCGCGCUGCGGAGGCCCCCUGAAGCCAGACGUCGUUUUCUUCGGGGACACGGUGAACCCCCACAAGGUCGACUUCGUGCACCGGCGCGUCCGAGAGGCCGACUCCCUCCUGGUGGUGGGGUCGUCCUUACAGGUGUACUCUGGCUACAGGUUCGUCCUCACCGCCCGGGAGGAGAAGCUGCCCAUCGCCAUCCUGAACAUCGGGCCCACGCGGUCGGACCACCUGGCGUGCCUGAAGCUGGACUCUCCGUGCGGGGAGCUGCUGCCUUUGAUAGACCCGCAGUGA